AGCUUUGAACAUUUGUGCCCCUACUUUAAAAAAAAAAAAACUAAUUUUUUUUAAAUAUACCUACCUGUAUUACAAUGGAAUGGACACAUUCUCAUAACUGGGUGGGGCUUAAACAAGAAUGGAAUGGUAUGAAAUAAAAGGAGUUGCAAGUGUAGUUUUUCACAGAGCCAGAUGUAAUAUCAGCUGGUGCAAGUUUAGUUUGUCUUUUAGUCUUCAUCAGGAACAUCUCCUCCCAUAUUCUCUUUGCCACAUCCUUUUUCUAGUUAACAAGAGCAAUUGAAUUCCCAAAAUAAACAACCCCAUAUUCAGAAAAAAUGUCAGAUUCUGGAUCAGAGGAGUCAGAGGAAGAGCAAGGCAUCUAUUUAGGCGAGUAUGAAGGUGAGCGCAAUGACGAUGGGGAGAGGCAUGGACAUGGAAAAGCUAUUCUGCCAAAUAGAGACACAUAUGAAGGGCAGUAUGAAAACGGAAAAAGAAAUGGACAGGGAAAAUACAGAUUUACAAAUGGUGCAUGCUAUAUUGGAGAAUACUUUCAAAAUAAAAAACAUGGCCAUGGUAUAUUUUAUUACCCUGAUGGUUCCAAAUACGAAGGCGGUUGGGCAGAAGACCAUCGACAUGGUCAUGGGGUUUACACAUAUCCAAAUGGAGAUAUCUAUGAUGGGGAAUGGUUUAAUGAUCAAAGGCAUGGUCAAGGUGGAUAUACAUAUUCUGGAACUGGUUCAAAGUAUGUGGGCACCUGGACUGAAGGGAAACAAGAUGGUGCUGGAGAAAUAAUUCAUCUCAACCACAGAUACGUGGGGAACUUUAAAGGCAACUACCCUUGUGGCCCAGGAAAGUAUGUGUUUGACUCUGGCUGUGAACAGCACGGAAUGUAUGUGCUGCAUCAGAAAGAAAAUGAAGAGGAUGAAGAAGCAGAACCUGAGAUCUCAGUGAAGUGGGUCGCAGAGAAGUUGGUGCAACCAUACUGCAAAGCAGCACCAGAGUCUGUAAUGGUUCCCAGCAUAAACCAACAGACUUGUCCAGAAAAUGAAAUUGUGUAA